GCCCUCUUCGGUACGUCGUCCCGCCUCAGAAAGAUUCAAGAAAACUCUCCAUUGGUGCCAACGGCGAUCUUUUCGCUCCUCGAUAGACUUUUUCUCUCUUUUCUCUUUCCUCUUCUCUUCCUCUUCUUCUUUUUUGCAGCACCAUUUCGGAGUACUUUGAAAUCGACAGAUUUCACCUCCCGCUCUCUCCUCUUCUUCCUUCCUUCCUCUCUCUGUGUGUGUCUGUGUGAGUGCUACACAGAAUCAUUCACAUCACCUACCUCGUCCUUCGCUCUUCUUUUAACGCUCACCGUAGGGGGGAGGGGGAGUCGGUAAAACAGCUCGAGCAACGGACAGGUCGGGUUUUUGGACUGUGGAUAGCGACAGAGUAUUCUCUUCUUAUUAUUAUCUUCUUUGUUGUCUUCGCUUUCGGUUGACUGGCCGAGCCAAACGGACCUGAAGUACCACGAAAUUAUUUACUUGUCUUAAAAGAAGGACGCGCACUUUCUUCGUUCUCCUCCGCUUUUCUUUAUUUUUCUCUUUUUUUCGAAACGCCACCCCGCUUCUCACCCGCUUCGGGCAUAAGGAGAGAGAAGCCGUCCGAGGGCGGUUGGCGUUUUUGUGCGAGAAGAAAAAAAGGGAGGGCGCAAACAAUCAUCUCUCGUCAUCGACAGUCGUUUGCAUCCUUUCUGAAAACCCGCGUGUACCUCAACACGCUCUGGACCUAAAGCAGAAGUUUUUGUGUCACAUAUAUAUAUAUAUAUACAUACCCCCUUCCACAGGGGAAACCAGAAAAGAAAUAACCAUCGCGCAUGUAGGUGUGUGUGUGUGUGUGAUUUCUUCUUCCCUUCCUUGUCUCACCACUUUCAAAAGAUAUUGUUCUUGUCGGUGUUGCCGUUUUUCUUUUUUAUAUACCUUCUUCUGUUUGUUUUAGUUUUUACGAUUCAUUGUUUUUGUUGCUACAUGUAAUCUCGGGGUUUGACUUCACAGACUCCGAUUCUCUCUUUCUUUCUUUCUUCUCAGAUUUGUAGAGAGUGUUUUGCAGUUGCGGUUAGCAAGUCUAUUGGAGAACGUAGUACACUUUUUUUUCUUGUUUGUGUGUUCUUCAAUUCGUCAAGCUUCUGAUUUUGCACUCUGGAUCGCCAGAAGCGCCGUCUACUACGAACCUCGUUGUUUGAUGUCAUCCAUCAUCUUCGUUCUUUCUCGGGUUUGUGAUUUCUGUGGGUGAGUGUAUCACCCUCUCUCUCACCUACAUCCUAAGUGAAGCAAACAGUAGUACAGCAGGCUCCUAUUCUAUUCUACUUUGAACUCCUUCCUUUUUUUGUUGUUUAUUUCUCCGCCUAUUGACUUGUUUUCCUCGUCCACGACGCCUCUUCUCUUUUUCUCUCCUUGAACUCGUUGUAUCUCCGCUUUUAACGCUGCUUUUUGAUUUGUAGCUUAUUGUACCUUCUUUAUCCGAUUUUCGUUUUCGUUCUUGUAGUCUCCUACAAUCUGAUUAUUUUGUUUUGUUUUCCUUCCUGCAGCGUUCAUUUCCUCUCGCUUCUUCCCACCUUCCCUUUCCAUUAUCUUUUGUCUCUCGUCGUCGUUGUCUUCGUUUCUCCUGCUACGUUCCUCCCCCUUUUCAUUAUUCUUCUCUUUCUUCUUCUCUUCACCCCUCACUUCGCGCUAUCGAGGUUUUAAGAAAAAGAAGAAAUUUUGACGUGCUGGUUUUGCCGCUGUUAGGUCCGUACCUACUCUACACACACGCACGCACGCACGUGUGUGUCUUCUUUCUUUCUUUCUUCCUUUUCCCUCCGUCUCUUGUUGUCACCUCCCAUUCUCCUUUGUUUUCUCGUUGUUGUUCGUCCACUCCGCCGUGAUCAUCGCUGCACGUAGCGCAUUGCAGACGCGUAUUCGCGCUGUGCCCUUGUGCUAUUGUUGUUGGUGUUGUUGCCUUUCCUCUCGGCCACGAGGUGUCGGUGUUGCAUUCACUGAGCACAGAAGUUUCAUUUACCGUUUUUCAUCGUUUGUUGUUUCUCGUUGCUCUUGUUGCUGCAGCGGAUACGCGAUGUCUUUCAGCGUCCCUUCGCAGGACGACGGGUCGGGCGAGGGGGGCACCCCGCACCUCUCCAUCGGCGGACACGCGCCGCCGCUCUCCGCGUCCUUCAAGGCCUCCUCUUUAAACGGCAGCAGCGGCACGACACCUCGCCUGCUCUUCACCUGGGACCCGUACAGCAACCUGUCCCCCAUGACCGCGUCUCCGUCGGCUCCAACCGCUGCCGGUGGCGGGCCUCUCCCGCCAAAGCCUUCCGAGGUGGAGGGGAUCGACGAGGGCCGGCAGCCGUCCAGCGGAGAGGAGUGCUCCACGCCGUCCUCGGCCGCCAACAACAACGGCAACUACACCUGUCACCACAACAGUGAUGCCGGUGCGACGGCCCACCCACCCCUGACCAUUUCGGCCCUUUUAAGCGCGAGCAGCAACAACAACGCCGCUGCCGUUGGUGGUGCGACGGCGCGCUCGCCGCAGCUGGUGCCGGGCGCUGCGGUGCACACCCCACAUCAGCAGCCGUCGACUGACACCGCCUCGGCUCAUUCGACGCCCUCCGGUCCGGUGCGGAAGCGCAUCUCGACCACCACCAAAGACGGGCGGCAGUACUUCCUGGACUACUCCCCCACCACCGCCGCCAGCGCCAACCCGACUGGCGGGGUGGGGGUGAUGCCAAACCUGAUGCUCCCGCCGAACCUCUCCCCGCAGUCCCGCGGUGUGUCGCCCUUCACCGCAGCGCCGUCGCAGCCACGCGCACCAACGCCGUCGUACCAGAGCUCAAAUCUGCCAUCACAGCAGCAGCAGCAGAUAGAGCAGCAGGAGUUCGACAACUACGGAAGCAGCACAACAAGUCCGCAGGCGGUCCCGCUCGUCUCCCCCCCACGCAGCAGCAGCAUCGGUGGGGUGGCCGGCCCCGGCAGCUACCCCUACAACGCCUCCUUCAACCACCCCGUCGCGAGCAACGGGGUCUACGACGCCGUCCCCCCGCCGCAACAACAGAAGCCGCCGUCCUCGGCGUUCCUUGGCAGCAGCAUGAACAGCGGCGGACUCCUCUCCGUUUCUGUCGUCGGCACAGGCAGUGGCAGCGGGAGUCACUCGCAGCACAACCCCUACCGCACCUCCCCCACCUAUUACCAGCCUCAGAUGAGCACGUCUGUGUCCUCUGCUGCUGCGGCAACGGCGGCGGCCACUUCAGCUGGGUCUCUGCCGCAACACGGAAUGGCCACGGCGGCGGUUCAGCGGGUGCAAACGGCCGACACCGACGCGGACCUCUACGAGGUACUCGGGGCCACGCCGUCGCUCUUCAUCAAGCGCCUCCUGCCACCGCCGCCGCCGCUGCCGGACGUGGCGCGUGUGCUGCCCACGCCGGGUGUGGUGCAGACCUUGUGUGCGCGGUGGUGCUCCCUCGUUGAGGCCGUCCUGCGGUCGCGUGAGUUCAGCGAUGUGACGACAGCGCCACCGCCGCCACCGGCGAUGCCGUCUUUGCCUGGCGCCUCCCCGACGGAGACGACGGGCAGUGAAGAGGAGAGCCGCAGAAGGAACACGAACACCACCACCACGACGAACGCCGUCCAGGAAGAGCUUCGUGCCUGGUACAAAGCGGCGGUGGAGUGGUACGAGCAGCUCGACCAGGCAGGCGCGGCGACCGUUGACAUUCGUGCCUCGUCCCGCGCCGUCACGUGGGCCAUCGACGCGGCAGCGAGUGGACGCGGUCGUCGCGGAGGACAGGCCAGCAGCAACAACAAUAACAGCCGCUACCAUGGUCAGAACGCUGGUGGACGCGGUGGGGUUGGGGCUGGGGCUGGUGCGGGUGGGUCGUCGUCGGGCUAUCGCGGUGGGGCGUACGGCGGUGGCUACCCCGGCAGCACACCUUACGGCGGACGCGGCGCGAUGAAUAACGGUGGCUACCGCGGGGGACGUGGCGCAACUCCCAGCUUCUACACCACGGGAGGCAUGAACAGCAACAACAACAACAACAGCAACAACAACAGCAGUCGCAGUGCGUCGAAUGACAUGGAAGUGACGGCGAACAGCAGCGGAAACGCACGCAACCCGUACUACGCCUCCAACUUCAACCCCUAUGCGGAGAGCUGGACCUUCAGCGGCGAUACGCAGAUGGUGAACGUGCCAGGGGAGGUCCUGCCACCGCCGCCGCCGCCACCACCGCUGCCCUCGACAUCGUCGAAGCCUUCGUAUUUGAGCAAGAUGUCGACGGCGGACCAGCAGGGGUACUCCGCGAACCCAGCGAUGGGGCCGAUGUAG